AUGGAACCCUCGUCGUACCUUUCCCACUCAAAGGAUUUAAGUUACGAGCAUUUGCACGCACCAUAUUAUGGACAUUCUAAAAAUCUACCUUUAUCUAUAAGUGUAUUUAACCUACACAAAUACUCACCACAACUUGAGUCUUCAAAUUAUUCGGACGGCUCGUAUCAAUUGCUUCAUUCAAAACGUUUUCGGAAUACCUCUGAGGACCCAUCAGUUAUAAAAGAUCACCUAAAAGAUAUCGGUAAUUCUGCGAUCCGAGAUUCUUUUUUCGACUUCGCCUACCGUGAGCCUCGAACACAUACAAAAAGCUCUUUUGACAACUUGUUGAAUGAUGAUACAUUCCGAAAGAACGCCGUCAUAGAGAACCGAUAUCAAAUACUCCAAGAGAUAGGCAGAGGUAGCUUUGGCAAAGUUUACAAAGCAACGGACCUGCAAACAGGAAAACUUUGUGCCUUGAAGUGUAUAAAGGAUAUAUCCAACUUUAAAAAGCUUGCAGAUGAGGAAAUCGCAAUUCUGCUGACCCUGUCAAAACAGGAUAAAAAUGACGAGCACAAUUUCCUUCAUUUGAACGAUCAUUUUUUCACAGCAGGUUGCACGUUUAUGGUUUUUGACUUGUUGAGCAUAAAUUUGUUCCAGUUAAUACAUCGAAAUAACUAUCAAGGGUUUGCACCACGAUUGGUUCGAAAGUUUGUCCGCUGUGUCCUCAAUUGCCUUAAGUUCAUACAUAGGAACAAAGUUAUCCAUUGUGAUUUAAAGCCUGAAAACAUUCUUUUGGAGCGCUGCGGUUAUACCAACGUAAAAGUGAUUGAUUUUGGUUCAAGUUGUUACAUUGGACAAAAUGCUUACGCCUACAUACAGUCAAGAUUUUACAGGGCACCGGAAGUUAUCUUUGGUAAUGAGUAUGGAGCACCAAUCGACAUAUGGAGUCUUGGCUGCAUAGCUGCGGAACUUUUGACAGGUUCCCCACUCUUUCCCGGAGAGAAUGAACAGGACCAAAUAGCCUGCAUAAUGGAGGUGCUCGGUCUUCCACCAGCUAGUGUGAUGCGCAAGAUACGAAGACAGCAUCACUUUUUCACCGCUGAUGGUGCACCGCGAUAUCUUGCUGAAAGAGGAAAGCAGUUAGAAAAUCAGGAUAAUCAUCACCCAAAACGAAUGAAACGAGCGGACCCAGGUGCUCUCACUUUGGCGAUCCUCAUGAAGAACUCUCUUGGUGAAGAAGGUUCUGAUCCAAAGCUGCUGGACUUCCUGUCCCAGUGUCUGCGUUGGGAUCCGAUGGAACGAAUGACUGCAUGCGAGGCGCUCCGACAUCCGUGGAUCCUUGAAGUAGAAGUCUCUAACCUUGACGACGGUGCAGCCUCCCCCAAAGAGAGAUCUGACCCCUCAACCGAAGAGUAA